GCAAUGCGCAUCUGUCAUGGCUGCUCACUGAUGCCGCUUGCACCACAUGGGUGGAAAUAAACAUUUUAUCUCUGACUGAGGAACACCGACUAGGCUCAUUCAUAAAGCGAUUAAUCACCGUUUUUGAUCUCCGUCAGUCCGGACUGAAGACAGACGCUUCCCCGUCACUGUAACAGGGAGCAGAGGCGUUACAAUGCCGCUGGACGUAGAGAUCCACGUCCUCCGAGGCUUUUUAACACCCAGCGAAGCAGCGGAAUGGAAGCAGAGUAUUUUCAGUACUUCAGAGGCGGGCUCUCUGCUGGAGUCCUUGAUGGAGGGGGACUUCGAGGCGGUCCUGCUGAGCCCCCAGGUGUUAGAUCUGCUCACUGGAGAUGGCAGCUGCAGCGAGGGGGAGGACAUCGAGGCCCACCUGGAGAAACGAGUCCUGCUUUACCUUACUUCUGGCACCAAGGACGACCAGAACAACAGGGAGCUGGCAGUGAUGGCCCUGGCUGUGUCUUGCCUCCACAUGUUUGCCCAGAGUAACUGGACUGGUCCUCCUGUCUCCAUCCAUGUCUCUGACCUGCUGCCUCAGGCCCUGCUCUCCUCUCAGACGCAGACCCUGGUUGAGGCUAUCCACUCCAGCCUUCUCCUGGAUGGAGAGACUGUGUACAGCCUGGUGGCCAACCCGUUUCUCCUCCUGCUCGCCAGGGUUAUUCUCACCAAGUGCUCCUUGAAGAUGGACAGCCUUCAGCUGCUGCCCUGGUGGACCCUGCGCUACAUCAACCUGCACCAGCAAAUCCUGGAGGCCCGUUCUCCACAGCUCCUCAACUUGGCCCAGAGCAGCAUGGACAAAGUGCUGAAAUGUCAGUCUCUGUUGUCGGAGCAUAGAAACCUGGCUAUCCAUUUCCACCUGGAGUGUGUCUACAUCAAUCUCACCUACUAUGAAUACCAGCCAGCCAAGGAACACAUCAAGAAGGCCCAGGAGCUCUCAGGGCUCACUAUCAACAUGACAGGUGCUCUUGGAAAACGGACCUAUUUCCAGCAGAAGUACUUGGCUCAGCUCAUCCUUGAGGUCAAGAGAAAGCAGGAGCAGCCUGGCCAGACAGAUGAGGCCACUCCCACCCCCACACCUCAGGCCAGCCUGCCAAAGGACUACAGUCUGGGUGAUGACACUGUGAUGGAUAAGAUUAAUUUAGCGGAGCCAGAUCAGUAUGAGCUCCCUGACCUCAGCGCUGAGGAGCAGGCUGUCAUCCUGGGCAUCUGCACUGACUUCCAGAAGAAUAACCCUGUACACAAACUGACUGCAGAGGAACUCCUGGCCUUCACAUCUUGUAUUCUGUCUCAGCCUAAGUUUUGGGCUGUAGAAGUCACAGCACUUUGCCUCAGGACCAAACUGGAAAAAGGGAGCUCCCGAUGUGUUGAGAGAGCCAUGAUGCAAACCCAGGUGAUAGUAGACCACUUUGAAGACAAGAACUGUCCUGUGACUGAGAGGCUCAAGGGGUUCUACUUCUGCCAAGCUCCAACCAGAUGGAAUGUCCAGAAACAGCUGGCCAGCCUGCUGAUGGACCUCGGCUGCAACAGUUCAGCUCUGCUUCUUUAUGAGAAGCUGGAGCUCUGGGAGGAUGCAGUUAUCUGCCAUGAGAGGCUGGGCCAACAUGGCAAGGCUGAGGAAAUCGUUCGCCGCGAGUUGGAGAAGAAGGAGACGCCCAGUCUGUACUGCCUCCUGGGAGACAUAUUGAGGGACCAUCAGUACUAUGACCGAGCAUGGGAGCUUUCGGGCCAACGCAGUGCCAGAGCCAUGCGCUCCAAAGCCCUGCUGCACCUUCGCAACAAGGAGUUCCAGCAGUGCGUGGACUGCUUUGAGCACUCAGUCAAAAUCAACACUAUGCAGCUCGGCGUGUGGUUUUCCCUCGGCUGUGCCUACUUUGCCCUGGAGGGCUAUGAGGGAGCUGCCAAGGCUUUCCAGAGGUGUGUGGGACUAGAGCCAGAUAAUGCAGAAGCGUGGAACAACCUCUCUACAGCCUAUAUUCGCCUCCAGAAGAAGUGA